GAAAUGCACUAGAUGAACCUUUUUCAAUGAAGGCUUCUGACAGCGUGAGAGAAACGGAUCCUCUGUUUGAAAACGGGCUCAUUCCUACAGAGUUAAUGCAGAGGGGCAACGCCAAGACACACGAGUGUCCAGAGUGCAGUAGAGUAUUUGGGACUACAUACGCUCUCAAGAAGCACUUGUUAACGCACCAACCGAAGAGAUCUCAUGUCUGUAAUAUCUGCCAGAAAAGGUUUAAACGGCAUGAUGACCUCACAGGCCAUAUGACUCGCCAGAAAAGGAAGGAUUAUCGUUGCUCUCAUCUUGGUUGCCAGAAGAUAUAUUGUGGCUACCACUCACUAAAACGACAUUGUGCCAUGCGACAUGGUACAUACCUCCUCCCUCCAUCCUCCCAACCCAGUGCCCUUAACAACCAAUCACACCCAUCUUUAUGGGAGCCUCCAAAGCUUGCUACAGUGAAAGAUAGUGCAUCAACCUCAGCUGACUACCAUUCUUACUUCCCUCCAACCAAACCUCAUUCCGUCUUUCCAUCUGAGGAUUUUACCAGCCAUGGAACCAGUUGCAACAAUUGCACUUCGGCAACAAAUCUCGACUUGAGCUGCAACCCCAAGGACCCCAACAUGUUCCAAGUAAAGCUUCCUGUGAGUUCUCCGUCUUGGAUCCAAGCAGCAGACUUGUCAGCAUCUCAUAGUAUGGUGACAUCAAACCACUGGGCAUCAGCCUCAGGUCUUGGGGGUAGUGUGGUAGACCCAGUAGAACCAGAAACUGUCCAUACAUGGGAACAUAACUUGGAUUUUUUCAUAACAAACCUCCAAACACAGAAGGAGGCACCAUCUAUCCAACCUAGCAAGGAGGUAACUGGCACCAGACCGGAUCAUCAACACACCAGAUAG